AUGACCAGUCACGAGCCCCCUUCGCCAACCCAGCUUCUGUUGGCGUAUCAGCUUACGGCUUACCUUGAGAACUUCGACUUGCCGGCGGCGACGAGAAAGAGGGCGCCAUACCUGCCAGACCUCGCCUUUCAGCUUGUGUCGUCGUACCCAGCACCAGACAAAUACGUCCCUGCACAGCAGGAGAACGACCGCUUGGGAGAGUUCAACCCAGGCUAUCCCCAAGACUGGGUGGUCGACCCUUCGAUCUUGAAAGACACAGUCGUGAUCACCGAGAAGGUCGACCAGAGCCGAGAGCCGGUUUCGGAACCACCCUCACAAGAGGUGGACAAAUUGCUGGGGACCGUCGCACAACCGAGAGCAAGACGAACGAUCACUGAGACCCGCCACAGCCAGCAGGUCGGCAUCAAGAAGCUGCGACACAGAAAGACGACUUCACGAGAGUUGAGCACGAAGAGCGCCGAACCGAUCAUCGAGAGCAUUGAGACACCGACGGUGACUCUGCCUUCGACGACACCACGACCUCUACACACGUCAAACUUCGCGAGCGUCGAAGCACCCUCUACAGAACUCACGAGAUCUACGACCUUCAGAACCAACUCGCUCCCGGCGAGUCUGGUAAGCCAGGAAGGCGUUACCACAGACAGGUCAAGCUCGGAAAGCGCACCUGCCUCCCCAAGGGCGACUGUGGCUGCCUUCGCGCCAGUCCGUCCUGCCUUCCACUUCGCAUCACUCCCCCAGUCACGUCCUUUGUGGCAGAACAAUCCUGUUCCUUUCGUUCCACCCUCAACAACAACCGUCCCUUGCCCACCAGUAAUCCCUUCGAACACUACAGAGGCUACAUCACACGUCGUUGAAGCACAGUCGUCUUACGGCCAAGCAACAGUCGCCAUGCCAGAACAACGCCAGCAAGGCGAGUCGUCAAAGACUGACCCACAGCCAGCCGUCUUUUCACCGGCACAGAUGCAGCAACUUAUGUCGGCGAUGGCGACCAUGAUGGACCAGAGGUUCAGGGAAAACGACGAAACCAUAAACGCAAGGCUGAAGACCAUUGCCGGCGACCUCUGCCAGACGGUCGACGAGCGAGCACGUGCGACGCUGGACGCUCAGUUGGAAGCGACCAGAGCAAUAGCCGAGGCACAAGCCGCCCGGAAGGGCAAAGAGAAGGCGCAACCACCAUACGUCGAUGACACUCCGACUUUCGCGGCAGGAGUCGAGGCCAACUUAGCGAAGUCGAGAGAGGCCAGACUGAAAGCGGCCGGGGCGUUCGACGUGCGACAUUCCAGUGCCCGUCGCUCACGUCGUGGUCGUGACCGCUCGUCCCGACACGGCAGGUCGAAAUCAAAGAAUCGUCGUCACGACUCAAGGAACACAUACGCAAAUUCCGACCCAUCGAAUUCCUCGUCGUCGGAUGGUUCAAGUGUGAGUUCGACCUCAUCAAGGGGCUACCGCCGUCACCACGACCGUGGGAGUCGGGUGGAGAAGUCGUACGGCAGACACCACUCCCACAAGCACCGCCAGAAGUUCGAACCAGACGUGGUGGGGUACUUCGACCCCAACUCGGAUGAGACGACCACGUCUUCGAAAGGCAAGACCAUAUACCGCAGUGUCUACGAGUUCAUCGACUCAGCAAGAUACUACGGAAAGACCAACUCAAAUACGAACACACGGCGACAUCUUCCUAAGUGUUUUCAGGGCGAAGCCUCGACGUGGUUCACUUCGCUGUCGGACGAAGAGAAGGACGACCUGCGCGGCGGCGACGGCAUCGAGCGAUGGAUCAAGGCGCUCACCGACCAAUUUGGUGUUGACUACGCCCAAGCUUGGAAGAAGUUGAACGCACUGAAGUUUGGACUUUACGAACUUCACCAGGGCACUCCGAAUAUGGUGGGUGUCACUUUCGAAAUCCAGAUAGUUGUUCCCUUGCCGUCAGGACCAGGAGAAUACAGGGAGGGAGCACUGUCGAGGGGUGCCGCGGCGAUCAUCGGAAGAAUGACGGUUGCGGCAAAGAUGGCCGAAACGGAGCGGAGCGAGAUCGACAUGACUGGAAUUGCUGGGAAUUGUAGAUUGCAGGAGUGACGCGAGACAAGUUGUUAAUAUUUGUUUGAAG